GUAGUACGCCAGCUGACAGAGCGUUUCCGUGCCUGACGACAGCCUCCGCUGCUGACUUUUAAGAACCACCCAGAGUCAUCAUGGACGCAGUUAAGGACGUUCAGGAGACCACAGCCGUGGACUUGGGUUCCCUGUUGGACGAUGGGGACGACGCCACGGUGAAAUUGGUGGCUGGCGACACAAGGUUACUGGCACACAGGGCUGUCCUGGUAGCCAGGAGCCCCGUGUUCGCUGCCAUUUUCAGCCACGAUACGGUGGAGGCCAGCAGCGGCAAAAUCACCAUCCCUGACGUGGAGGGCCCGGUGCUGCGGCAGCUGCUGUCGUACCUGUACACCCUACAGCCCCCUAAGCUACCUGGCAUGGCCCCCCAGCUGCUCGCUGCCGCCGACAAAUACGGAGUGACGGGUCUGAAAGCAUCUUGCGAGCAGCAGGUGGCUGCAGGGCUGGGGGUGGAGACGGCAGUGGCCGCAGCUGUGCUCGCGAUUAGACACGCCUGCCCCGGCCUCAGGCAGGCUGCCGUUUCCUUCGUAAAGGCCCACACGCAGCAGGUGAUGGCGACGCAGGGAUGGGCGGACGCUGUGGUCAACCACCCACACGAUUUCGUGGAGUUCACUAGACUAAUUGCUGAACCAUCUGUAGAACAUAGCCCGCCAGCUCCUGCCGACAGCAGGCCCACCACCACCACUGCGGACACCCAUGGCCAGCCCCACAGCCAGACUCCUGCUGCAGCUCCGCAGCCCACGGCUGCCCAACACAGCAGCACUGGACCACCUGAUGACGACGUCGUCUCCCGUCUGCGGGGCCUUACCGCAGAGCAGAAGGGCAGGGAGCUGAUUGAUGCGGCUAAGGAGGGGGCAAUCAGCAGGCUGCGGGCGGUGCUCACGGCCGGUGCAGAUGUGAGAGCGAGGGACAUAUUCAGCAGGGACACUGCCCUUCAUUGGGCAGCACGGAAGGGAUGUCUGCAGGCUGUGAUAUGUCUGCUGCGCAGUGGGGCUGAGGUGGACGCCAGAAACAACUGGCAGAGCACGCCUCUGCUCUUGGCCGCACAGUAUGGCCACACAGAGGUGGUGUCCCGGCUGCUGGAGGCAGGGGCCGACAAGGAGGCCCGCGAUGGAGAUGGGGACACGCCGCUAUACGUCGCCAGGGCGUGCGGCCACCAGGAGAUUGUAGAGAUGCUAACAUGAAACUACCAGUACAACAAAC